AUGGCCGCAGAAGAAGAUCAUGAUGAUUUGAGCUUAUUUCACCUGGCCAAUGCAAAAUUAUCCGAUGCCCAAAAGCUUACUGAUGAAGCUCAUGACUUGUUGAAGCAGGACCUUGAAAAGGUCAGGGAAGAAAAAUCGAAUUUUGAAGAAAUGACCAAAACGCUAAAUCAGGUCCACUUUGCCAGCACCGUCAAGUUAAACGUCGGCGGAAAGAUAUACAAGACAACCCUGAAUACCCUGCGAAAGGACCCGGAUUCCAUGCUGUGUGCGAUGUUUUCUGGGAGGUUUGAAGUUAAAGCUGACGAGGAAGACGGAGCUUAUUUUAUCGACCGCGAUGGUAAACUAUUCCGGUAAGUAGGGUAAGUGGCAUCACAGGCGGCCCAAACUCUGUGGGAGUUAAUCUUAUUUUCAUACAUUCUCUUAAAAUUCAAAGUCCAACGAACUCCCACAGAGUUUGGGCCUGCUGUGGUGGCAUCAGUGACAAAAUGAGCGGAAGUCGUGUAUAAUUAUUUAUAUUAAGUAACGAUCUGAUCGUGUGGCCGGCAUUCUUUCACCAUAAUGAUAGAAAAGGAAAUUUACACAAAUCACCGGCAGGAAAACGCAUUUGGAGACGGUGUAGAGGUGAUUUGAAAGACUGAGCUCCCCACUGCUUUAUGUUGUGACUCGUUUUCAAUUAUAAAUUGAAAAAAACAAAGUGACUGAAUAAUAUUCAUAAAUAUUGCAACUUAAUUGGGACAGGUUUACAGUGCAUGCUCAUUUAUCAAAAUGCUGUUUUUCUGCCGGGACAUGCUGUAUCGUCUAUGCAAGCAAUACGAUCAUGUCAUAAUGUUGUCAAAAAACCAAUCGCACACUCCCCUGGAAGUCACUUGCACUUGAUCAACUUAAAUAUUUGCAAAUAGCUGUAAAUUAAUCAACCAUGGGAUAAAACCUUCGGUUCAACAUUAAAUUCAACGUUUCUGCGAUUUUAGUACUCCUCCAUCCUGCUUCAGGUUACUAAGAAAUAAACUUCUACUUUGAAAUACACUCUGAGAUCGCUGUGAUACAUGUGAGUAGGAUUAUUAACCGAUGAUUUUAAUAAUAAAUUGGAAAAAGGUAUUUUAAUCGAUGAGCAGGCGCUUAACCAUGAACUUAUGCCUUUAAACAUUCUGCAUAUUCUGUUCAGUUAAUUAAAAAUUGCCUUCUUCUUUUAAGAGAGAACGUUUUUUCUCCCCUUUAAGGCACAUCUUGAACUAUCUUCGAAACGGCGAAUUUUGUUGUCCAGAAGACAGAAAAAUUCAACAAGACCUGCUAUCAGAGGCGAAGUUUUAUCAGGUGCAGGGAUUAAUCGAUCAACUACAACGAACACUUCAGUUCCGCAAUCGGCAGUUCAUACAACCACAA